CCCCAUAUCUUGUCGGGCCACAACCACCAAGACCAUUACUCUCCAUCAUCACAAUGACAACCACAAUCACACGCACGGUGGCAACCACCACGACUGCCUACCUCUCUCUCCUCGAUACCGAUGGAGUCCCCAUAAAUGACGGCAUAUUUGUCGACCAAGCAGCCAGCAUAGUCAGCGUCGAUCGCAGCCGAAAUGAAACCACUGCUAUUCUUAAUUGCAUGACCGAUGACCUGGACAUAUGCUCCUUCACCCUGCCGGGUACGGUGCUCAUAGGGCCCUCCACUGUCGUAUUCAGCGUGACCGACACCACCACCACACCUGUUACAGUUGGGACCGAGCCGGUGUUGAUUUACGGUGUAUGGACCGAAUGGAUUAACUGUGAAAUCACUUCUUCCGCACAAACCGCCCGGUGCGUUACGAGUUUUGAAGAGUGGGAGUCGUAUAGCGGUGACACGUCAUUGUAUACUACGGUCGCCAGUCGGAAUUUAUCGGCCAUUACUUACCUGGAUAUUCCGAUCACAGCGGGUUUGGAGAAUUUGAUAGUCUCCGCAACUAGUACUGCUGCCUCCACGGUCUCGUCCACGUCUACGGCCGCACCCAUGGCCACAUCCACGGCCACGGGAACCGCUUCAUCGUCAACCUCCGGACAGCCACAAUCCUCGCGAACUAGCUCCAAGGCAUGGAUUGCAGGUCCAGUUAUAGGUGGGCUAGCAGGGUGUGUUUUGAUAGCGGCGGCAGUGUAUUGGUGGAUGCGACGCAAUCGGCAAGCGGCAGAUAUUGCUCAAGGGACAGAGAGCCCAUCGGAUAUUCCAUAUAAAGCGGAGCUUCCGGCGGAUAAUGUCACGGCGGCAACAGGACCGGUGGUAAGGGCUGAGUUGCCUUCUCCUGAUGUGGACGAGCUUUUGGUUCGAGAUCCGCAGAGAGUGUCUGAGUUAGCUUAAGCAUGAAGGGUCGGUGGAUACCUGAUGAG